UGGAUCAGGCAAAUCCCUGAACACCACAGCCGAAGUCAGGGUCCUUUCAUAAUAACAUGGCUGCGCUCAGCCGAGCUCGACACCGUUGGAAACGAAUCAAUUGGUGUCAUCUUUUGACCAGAAACUUGUCAGGGAAGUAUGACUAUGAUGUGGUCGUUAUUGGAGGUGGUUCAGGGGGGCUUGCCUGUUCCAAGGAAGCUGCACAACUUGGACAAAAAGUUGCUGUUCUGGAUUAUGUGGAGCCCUCUUUGAAAGGCACCAGGUGGGGUCUUGGUGGCACAUGUGUUAAUGUUGGCUGCAUACCUAAGAAACUCAUGCACCAGGCGGCUCUCCUUGGGACUGCAGUCAGAGAUGCUAAGAAGUAUGGCUGGCAACUCUCAGAACCAAUUUCCCAUGAUUGGGUCAUCAUGGCCGAGGCCGUUCAAAACCAUGUCAGGUCUUUGAACUGGGGUCACCGGGUCCAGCUCCAGGACAAGAAGGUGAAGUAUCUGAACAUGAGAGGUAGCCUUGUGGAUGAACACACAGUCAAAGCAAUAACAAAAGCAGGGAAAGAGAUGACCUUGACUGCCAGGAACAUUGUGAUUGCUACAGGUGGCCGGCCCAAAAUCCCCACAAAUAUUCCGGGAGCAAUGGAACAUGGUAUCACCAGUGAUGACAUAUUCUGGAUGAAUGAAUCUCCUAGAAAAACGCUUGUGGUUGGAGCGAGCUACGUAGCUCUGGAGUGUGCAGGCUUCCUCACAGGCACCGGCUUGGACGCCACGGUGAUGGUUCGAAGCAUCGCCCUCCGGGGUUUUGAUCAGCAAAUGGCAGGAUUAGUGACAGACUACAUGGAGUCUUAUGGAACCAAAUUUGCAUGGAGGUGUGUCCCCAAGAGAGUGGACAAACUUCCAUUGGGAGCCCUGAAAGUGACGUGGCAUGAUUCCCUGACUGGCAACGAACACAGUGACACAUACGAUACUGUGUUGUGGGCAGUUGGUAGAGCUCCUGAAACUAAAGCUCUUGGUCUCAACAAGCUUGGUGUACAACUCAACAAGGAGACUGGGAAAAUAAUUGUGGGGGCGGAUGAAUCUACCUCUGUGCCAAACAUCUAUGCUUUUGGGGACAUAGGGCAGGGUCGUCCCGAAUUGACACCGACGGCUAUUAAAGCAGGAAAACUCCUCGCUCGCAGACUUGCUGGCCACAGCAGAGAGAUCAUGAACUAUGACAAUGUGCCAACCACUGUGUUCACCCCUCUUGAAUACGGCUGUGUGGGCCUAUCAGAGGAGGAGGCCGAAAUUAGGCAUGGGAAAGACAACAUAGAGGUUUACCAUGCCUUCUAUAAGCCUCUGGAAUUCACUGUGGCAGAGCGUGAUGCUAGCCAAUGUUACUUAAAGGUGAUAUGCAAGCGGGAUGGAGACCAGAAGAUAUUGGGUCUGCACUUUACUGGUCCAAAUGCAGGAGAAGUCACGCAGGGUUUCGGGAUGGGCCUCCAGUGUGGAGCAACAUAUUCACACCUGUUGAGGACAGUAGGAAUCCACCCGACCUGCGCUGAGGAGCUAACCAAGGUCAACAUCACAAAAUGUUCAGGAUUGGAUGCCACAGUCACCGGCUGCUGAGGUUAAAGCCCCGGUCUCUGAACAUUGAGCACACAGGGUAGAAAAGGGGUCGAUGCGUCCAAAGAAUAUUGGUGGUUUAGCCUGCGCUUUCUUUUUGGUCCAUUUCCUCACCACAUGAUCCUCCCUAAUUUAUUUGAUAAAAAAGAUGACCAAUGUGUUAAAUGUGUGCACGUUGAGUCAGAAUAUUCUCAAAGAGGUGUGUGUGAAAGCCUCUGCUGCAGAGACUUUUGAAGGAAGGGGCUCAUAAAUCAGGAUUAAAUCCUGUUCUCAGGGUGUCGUUGAAAUAAUCCGAGAAACAAAGCAGGUUCUAACAUUUUUCUGGAUAUAUAUUCUACUAAUAUUGUUGUUGCUGUGGCUGUACUUCCUGUCCAUUAGUCUUUAAGGUGACACAUACCAUAACCCUCCCCCUACACGACGCCCCCUAUGACACUGAUGGAUGGCCCCUGGGCCGUCGCCACACCGACACCACCUCAUUUCCCAUGGACAGAUACAAACAGUCGUUGGUCAGUCAGUCAGUCAGUCACCCUGGAAAGACUUGGCCAGAGAGACGGGCCUCUCUGAUGGUCUAGAAGGAUCCGGGUAUACCUCCCCCUAGCCUACCAAACUCUCUGGCACAACAUAAAACUAUACCGCAGAAUGGUAAACAUCUGCAGGCUGAGCAUACAGUACUCUAAGGGCAUCACUGCACUAGCAGCUCUGCAAGAGCAGUAUUACUCAGUGUUACCCUUAGGUGGCACUAUUGCCUGCUAAUUUUCUUGAGUGGAAAAGAGAAGAUAAGGUUGUCACUGGAUAAAACCCAAGAGCCGAUACAUUUGUCCAGCACGUUCAAUUCCCUUAAUCCCCACAAGUGAUAUUGCUUUUUUGUUGAAGUUGCAUAGUAGAUGGGAUUGAUUGGUGCCCCAACUGCUAAGUCUUAUCUUUUGUGUAUUUACAUGGAUGGAAGGUUAGUACUCAGUAGUCAUCACCCUCUAAGAUAAGAUGAGUUGUUUAUAUCAAUAGCCAUAAUAGCAGAUAAAAGAGUUUCACAAAUUGCCCAAAUGUUCAACCUGCUGACUGAACUGGACAUCCUCAACCUAGCUUUUUAGGCACAUUGGGAGGUGAGCCUGAAAGGGGUUGCUACACAAGUUUGGUGACCGAAAUGGUGGGUGUAGUUUAUUUUUGAUCUGCCCGGUAUGCUUAAUGAUUCUGAUGAGGGGAGUGACAGCGUGCCUGGUGAUGGAAAAAGAGAGAGCAGGCUACCAGGUUUAUUUGGACCUGGUCUGGGAGAGUACGAGCUGAGUUUCAGCUUGGUUGGGGAAGGAUGGGGGGGGGGGGGAUUCCUGUGUGCUCUGUUCAGGGCCGAAGUGCUGACUGAAGCACCCUGACCUCCGCUCAGUUGGAACAGCUUGACUCUAUCACUCUGAGAACAGACUGCUCACAUGGUCUGGUGCUACAGGGCAGGGGCCGAGUAUGUUUCGGAUGAAGGGGAUAACGAUGGCUACUGGCCUAAGCAAAGGAACACGGCACUGAGCGGUAAUUGAGUCUAUAUUCCUGUGCUUAACAAGGCACUUCAGAGACCUCAGGUUAGGACGAAGGCAUCUGAAGGGAAGUCAUUCAGUCCAUCAGUGCGUUGUCUGUUUGCUUUUUUACCAUCCAUUUCCCCUAAGCUGUCCAUGCUCUGUCUCUACAGUGUUCACAUACUACUAGCCUCACACAACAUGACAAAGUACUUCACUUAUAUAUUUAAUAUAUCAUUUUAAAUUGGAGGAGUAUUGAACCAUUGUUUGUUUGCCUCUCUCAGUAGUGAGCGGUUUGUGAGCAACCGUUGGUCAGGGUUCAACUUUCAGGUAACCAGCUAAUGAUGGCCUGCACUAAAACUCAAAACUGGGGAGUGCUGGCCUGAUGUCGCCUGGCUGCCAACUUAAACAUUAAAGGUGGUAAAAAGAAAAGUCUCAUUUUCCAUGAAAGCUUUAUGAUACACAAUGUAUAUGUAAAAUAAUAGCACUGGAAUGCACAUUGUCCGUAUUAAAGUUGUGCUAUCCACUGA